CAUUCGUCCCAAACGGACCGCGUCAGACACGCCCCUGAUCCUGCCCCUCCGACGACGAGAGUACAAAAGGCGCGUCGCGUCCAUCAUCCUCUUUUUCUCUAAAUACACCAUUUCAGAAAUCUCUGGACGAGCUUCAUUCAUCCCGCUACAAAUAUUCACCAUGGGCCGACCAACUCGUGACUCUGGAGCCUUUCGGGAUGACCCCGAUGCAUUAUCUAUGCACACCACCGCCGAUGACUUCAACUACGAUGAUGCUCCGGAGAUAUCUGGCCUUCCUCCCGCAUAUACCGACGAUGUCGGCGGUUCUAGCAGUACCAGACCUGCGCCUCGACACAUCCCGCCGCCGCCCUCCAAUCGCAUGGAUCACGAUGCCGGAUACUCGCUGAGCGGGGGCAAGCCCAUGGUCUGCGAGGUCUCCAACGUAAUGGACCCGCGAUACGACACCGACCCAGUCCAUCUCGAGAACGCUAUCCGAGAAAUGGCCAUGGCCGCUCCAGCACCAUUGGUGUAUAUCAUGGGCCACCACAGCGAAACCCGCAAAGUCGCCAACAACAAAAAAGAAACGAAACAAGUUGUCGACUUCCGCCUCGUGCUCUCCCUCGAGCAAUACCUCCGCCCGGCCUCCUCCCAAACCAUGACCGUGCGCACCGUCGAAAACGGCGAGAAAGUCCUCCGCGGGUCCUUCAUCGCGCAACGCGCCCCGGGCUACACCAAAGCGCUCGAGGUCGGGCUCCCAAAACCCUCGCUCAAGGAAUGGUGCCACCGCUACUGCGCAUCGCCCUCCACCCUGCGCGUCUUCCGCCUAACCCGCACCGUCUCAGGCAUCGACACGACCCAGCUGAAGAACCGGCUGGAGGGCUUGAUCCGCAGCACGAACUACCGCGGGCGUACCUCCAUCACGUUCCCGAUCGAAGACCACCACGUCGACCUCUACACCGCGUCGCGUAUCAACGCGUGGCGCCUCACGACCUGGAUCCGCUGGCUCUUCUACCUCUCCUUCCUGUGGCUGUUCGCGUGGCCGUACCUGUUCUUCGCCACGAAGCGCUACGCCGUCGUCGAGGCCGUGUGGCCCUUUUCCACCGUCAACGCCGCCGGCGAGCGCCACUACACGACGCUCAGUGAGGCGCAGUGGUUCGAGCGCUGGCACGUGGGGAUUCGCAGGUUGGUGCUGGACCGGUUCCAGGGCAGCGUGAGUGAUGAGCAGCUGGCGGGCGUGAUUGCGCGGCCUGAGGACCCGCCGAUGCCCGGGAUGAUCAGGACGGGGCAUGAGGGCGUGGAUACGGCGGUGGGGUUUUUGACGCAGGGGAUUCAGGUCGCGAGGGCGUUGCAGGGGAGAGGCGUGGUGUCGGGCGGUGGGUGGGGCGGGGAUUAUAACGGGUGUUGAGG